UCUCCAAACCGUCGAGACGCCAUGAACCCCUCUACUGAAAUCGCGCCACCGACGAGCGCGGAGCCGGAGGUCGUAGGCGACUUCAAUGUGAAAUUUGUGCGACCGACGGCGAAGAGUCCGGCCCCGGACUACGAGGUCCCGGACUGGAUUUUUAGCCCGGAGCGGGCACCUCCAACCCCGUACUACGAUUGUUUCGUCAUGGAGGGCUACUUGGCGGCGGAGCGGUCGCGUUACAACACCGCCUAUCUGGCCAUGGCUGCCCCACGCGAGAGAGCCCGAGAGGCUACCGCCCUAGUGCGCCGGACGGCAGUCAUAAUAAGGUGGUUGGAAACGCGCCUGGCCUACCUGCCGACGCACGAGCGCGCCGCCAUGCGCCGUCUGUGUCGGGCGAUUGUCUCUUAUAGUGUUGCUGUUCGAAAUAAACCGUGCAUCAUUUUUUAAAGCCCCAA